AUUUAUACAGCCUAGACCAUAGCAUGUAUUAGCAUUACGCCUAGGCUUAAGGAAGGCGAUCGGUGAAAGCAGGAACCCUGACCAACUUACGCUUGUUUCGCGCCAAACACGCGCACUUCCUUUGCCGAUUAUGGAAGCGAAGGCAAACGGGCGCGCACUGCCUCCACGACCGACGCUCCUAGUUGGAGAGGCGGGCGACGUUGAGGCCUGCCGGCGUGCAUGGGCGCAGCUGCAACCGAUAGUCGUGGAGCUCCUCAGACGCGACAGUGAGGGUUGUGCAAGUGCGGAUGAGCUUGAGAGCGCAGUUCGUCGCUUCCGCUCCCUUCGAGAAUCCCUCGUAGCCGCAUACGUUCAGGACGAGCUCGCAGUUCAGGUUUACGAGGCCUCUGCUGAUGUCUGUCUCGCCGCCAAGUCCUGGUCGGAGUACCUAAAGUCGGUCAACGGCCUCACAACUGAAUUGUAUCCUGCAGUACAACAGCUGCAGCAGCAGCAGCGAUGGCAAGAGCAGUCACAGCAGCACCCCGUUUCGGCGGGCUACCCCACAGGGGCGCUGCAGGCUUUCCCACAGGCGCCUGAAGCGAGCAUUGCUAGCAGCAACAGCAGCAGCGAUACGGCUGGAGGAACGAAAGAGCACGGAGAACAGCCCCAGGGGCAGCCGACGCCGCCGCCGCAGCAGCAACAGGAAGCAGAUGAGCGGCCUUCCGUUAGACCCGCAGCUGUGGUCUGUGAAGGUAGCAGCGCCGCCGGCGGUUGCAACGGUGGUGGUGGCGGCGGUCGCGUGAUUCACGGAACGUGCGCACGUCACGACACCGGCGAAGCCGAAUCAAGCAGUAGUGAGGGCGGGGCCGGUUUUGGAGGCGGCAGUAGCAGCACCAGCAGCAGCCGCUGCAGCCGCUGCAGUGAAAUGUACGCGGCUCACUGCCUCUUUCUGGCCUGCGUGCCCUCCGGUCGGGUGGCUGACGCCGCGGCCGUGCUUCGAAACCAGCAUGCGUUGUCGUACAUGUCUUCCGGGCACAUGCGCUUCGCAAACAAGGAUCAUCAGGUUCUCUCCGCCAUGGCCCUGGGCGACUGGCAUGCCUUCCUGCGAUUGCGGGAAGCAGCACCCUGCAGCAGCCUCCGGGCUAUCCUAAACCUGCGAGCGGGGCAGGUCCGCACCAUAGCGCUGCGCUGCCUUUCCGCAGCCUACCGCACGCUUCCUGCGGCUGCGGCGGCAGCGAUGCUACGGCUGCCUGACGCCUCCGGGCCUCUUUACCGAGACGAUUCUACUUCAUCUGGGUUGCAUGGCCAUGGAGAUGGUGUUACCUUGUUACCGGCAUGCAGCAAGGAGAACGCCGAUGGGCGGCCCCCCAGCAGCACUGCACAAGGCGCCAGCAACACGCCGUCGUGUCAGCGGGAUGAAGCAGGAGGAGUGAUGGGGAUGAGAGGGGCUGUUAAGGAGGCGGCGCUUGGGAAUGUGACCCAUGGGUCGUCAAUUGCAGCUGUUGCGCUUCGGGUGGUGCUGGCGGAGGCGGCGGCUGCCGGCGUGAAGGGCGCGCAGCUGGCGGUGGAGGGGCUGUCCGCAUGGGCUGAGGGGGGCGCCGGGGAGGUGCAGGAGCUCUCGUUUCGGUAGGUUUCGUAGGUAGCUGGAUGGAAGCAAUGAUGGAGGGGGUACGGUAAUCAUGUCCUGACUUUGGACACGCAAAUACACAGCAGAUGCGCUUUGGGUGAGAGUUGUAGCUGUGGAGCAGAUUUCGAAUUACCGGUAAUACCUGGUAAUACAACAAACAAAACACCAAUCAUGGCUGAAAAAGACCGUAAUGGCGUCCUCUGUGCACGGCUGGAUGAGAUAAACUGAGCCGCGAGGAAACACUGGCCGUGGC